AUGCCGUCUCGGAGGAAGGCCAAGCGGGGGCGGGAGGCCGCGGCCGCCCCCGGGCAGAGCCCCUCCCGGCAGAAGGCUCAACCGAGCCUCCCGUACCGCACGCAGCUGACUCAGUUCUGCGACCUGGCCGCCAAGUACGCAGCGCACGGGGAGGCGGAGCAGCCGCUGCAGGUGCGGUUCGAGGACGUGGAGGCCGCGGAGAAGGAGCCGGCGCACGUCGUCUGCCGCGUCCCGGCCGCGCGGCUCGCGCUCGAGCUGCCCCACCCAGUGGCGGGGUGCACGGAGACUGAAACGCUCGAGUUCCAAAUCGACGGAGUCGAGGAGCACGGGCACGGGGAGUCGCGGAACGCGGCGGUGGAGGCGGCGUGUGCUCUCGGGGUGCAGGCGCUGCUCCGGUCGCCGGCGCUGGCGGGCCGGCCGGCCGUGAGCGUGCGCGAGGCCCUCGCACAGCUGGUCGAGCCGUACUGCAGGGCCGUGAGUGCUGUCGACCUGUGCUACCUCCUGUGCGGCGCCGCGGUGGGCGCGCCCGGGGCGCCCCGCCAGUGGCGCUGCGAGACCCUGCGCGCCUGCAUCGCCGACGGCACGGCGCACUUCUCCGACUCGGACGACGCCGCUCCGACCCGGCGAGCCGUCUUCCCGAUCGCGGCCUUCGCCUGGACUAAGGACGGCAUCUCCUCGAAAGCGGUGCACCGAUAUUUAUACGACCGGGCCGGGGGGGGGGGUCAAGCGCGCCCGGCCCCGCACGUCGUCGCCGCGCGCCUCGCGCGCACCCUCGCCGCCGAGCUCGCCGCGCCGCGGUUGUCCCCGGGGGGACUCGCGCUGCAGCGCCACCUCAACCUUCGGUUUUUAUACGAAGAGACCCCCCCCGCGGCGACGCAGCCCGGAUCCGUCGACCCCGCGUCGAUCUACUGCGCGCUCGACCUCCCCGCCGCGUCGCCGCUCGUGGCCGAGGCCGCGGCGGGGGGGAGUGUGGAGACGUGCACCGCUGUGGUGGUGCCGUCCGACGCGCGGAGGGGGUGUGAGGAGGUGGCGGUGCGCGCGGGCCACGGGUGGACGUGGUGCGCGAGCGUGCUGUGCCAGGGCCGCGCGGUGCCCACGGACGUUGCGGCGCUUGGUCGGGCGGACCGGGGGGGGGGUGUCCGGAUGCCGGAAUGGGCGGACCUGACGUCGGUGGCGGGGGGGAGUGAGGGCGGCGGCGGCGCGGCGGGGGCGGCGGAGAUGGAGUCGGAUGCGCCGGGGGAGGGCGCGCGGGCGCGGCUGGCGACGGAGGCGGAGGGGGGGGUGUUGCGGGGGGUGUUGGGGGAGAGUGGGGCGCAGCGGGUCGGGACGGUGGGCGGGCCGAGCUUGUUCGUGUACGGCCGGCUGAGCGAUGGGCUGGCGGCGGGAGCCGAGGGCGGCGGUCGGCGGGGGUAUAACGCACGUGCGUCGCUGCUGAUGCAGAGGGAGGUGUUUGGGGACGUCUUGGUGGCAGGAAUCGGGUACAAGAACUACGCGCAGGCGGCCGCGGACAGCCAGACCGCGGUCCUCGCGUCGAGCCCCGUCGCGGCGGCGAGCGUCCGGCUGCCGCACGUCCGCCUCGCGAGCCUCGCCGCGACGCCCGCGGCCGUCCUCAACAACGCGCGCGGGGGGGGGUGUUUCCUCCUCAGUCUGCCGGGCAAAUACAACCCCCGCACGUGGGAGGGCCCCGCGCCGUCGGCCCUCCUCGACACGCUCCGCCGGUCCGGCCUCGCGCCCCCCACCGGCGAUCCGUCCGACGGCGCCCAAGACUCCCCCCCCGACAAAGCAACGCUGACCGCCAUGCAGGUCCUGAGCCUCCAGGCGCUGCACACCGCGGAGACCACCGUCGCGGCGACGCUGUCGUCCCUCAUCGCCGGCGACGCAGUCGCGCACGCGUCGCAGACCGCCGCCGCCGCCGCCGCUGCGGACGCGCUGUGCGGGCUGACCGUCAACGACGACGCCGGCGGCGCCGCGGAGCACGCCGAGAGCGAGACCGUCCGCGACGGCGACCUCGUGCAGCUCGCGUACGUCGUCGCGGCCCCGCGGCGCACCGCGCAGCAUCUCGCGCACCUGCUAGGGCUAGAGGAGCCGGCAGGGGACGCCGGCGGCGGGCUGGUCGUGCUGGAGCGCCGCGGGGAGGGCGUGGCGGUGCGCGCAGUGCUGUCGGCGCGCGACGCGGACGGCGCGGUGCCGGCGGAGGUCGCGGCGGCGCUCGUUGGACAGCGCGUGGGCAGCGUGGUGACGGCGGACCUGCCCGGGGCGGCCGUGGUGCUGGGGACGCCGCUCGCGGUGCCGGGGGGGUGUGUUGUGGCUGCGAAGGUGGUCGGCGUGGUGCGGCGCGGGGCGGCGCGCGAGGACGGCCCGCGGGCGCUGUUUGUGCCGCCGCUGGGGCAGCAGCGGUUGGCGAUGGUGGCGGAGCGCGCGGCGGCGCGGGCGCGGGCGCACGUGGAGGCGGGGCGCGCGGGGGAGGAGUUCGUGGUCGUGGACGUGGGGUGCCGCGACGGCGGGCUCCUGGUGGAGCUCCUCGAGCGCACCGCGGCCGUUCCCGGCCUCCGCCUGCGCUACCUCGGCGUCGACUCCAGCGCGCGCGGCCUCGCCGGCCUCCGCAAGCGCGUCGCCCGCCUCGCCGCGCAACAAAACACCCCCCUUACAGACCUCCCGCCCGACGCCGCAGCGCCCCCCGGCGCGCCGUGCUGGCACCUCGAGCUCCCAGCGCUCCGCGUCGCCGUCCUCGCGCUGCACGCGGACCUCCGGGACCCCGCGCUGCGCCACAUGACGUGGCGCACACACCCCCCCCACUUCGGCGCCAUGGUCGAGGUGAUCGAGCACGUGCCGCCGCGGGACCUGCGCGUGGUCGAGGAGGUGCUCUUCGGGGCGCGGGGGCUGCGGCCGAGCGAGCUCGUGGUCACGACGCCCAACCAAGAGUACAACGCUACGCUGUGGGGGGGUGAAGAGGCGGCGCGGGGCCGCCGCCGCGACGACGGGCACUUCUUCGAAUGGACGCGCGCGGAGUGCGCGGCGUGGGCGGCGCGCGCCGCGGCGCGCUGGGGGCGCGCCGUAGCGGAGCACGGCACCGUCGGCCGCGUGCAGGAGGCUGGCGGGUCGACGCCGGGCGGCGGGGGGGGCGGUGACGUCGGGGGCGCCUCGCAGUACGUCGUGUUCCGGCACGGCGAGCGCGGAGACGCGGCUGCGCUCGCCGCGAGCGACACUGCGUAG